AUGGAUGGAAAGAGUUUAGUGAGAACCUGGGGUGGAAUUGGGCUUCCAAGUACAUUGCCUGAUGCCUUAUUAUUUGUUCUGUCAGUUUUUUUCAGGAAGAUCUUCAUCUUGCAACUGGUAGGGCUGGUGCUAACCUACAAUUUCACUGACUGUGACUUUGAGAAGAUUAGAAAGAAGUAUCAGGAAGUCAUUUAUCAAGCCCUGGAGAAAUAUAUGAAUGGGAUCAAAAGCACCGAAUUCAACAACCCCAUCUACUGUGAAGACCCGCCAGAUUGCCUCACUAAAAUCGAACGCAUUACCUUCUAUCCCACCCACGGCUGCACGUCUCUCGCCAAGGAAAUCUUCGCAGUAGGAACUAAUGCUGCGCUCACUCUCCAGUGCCCAGGCUACUCCGGAAUGCAGAUAAAUAAUACCCAGGCAAAGAAGAAAAGAAAGAAAAGAGAAGUUACAACAAAUAAAUGCCGGAAACAAGUUGCAUACUUAAUAGAACUGUGGCGUCGUUUCAGUCGCAUUUCAUAG